CAUUGAAAUCCCGCUAUGACUGACACUCGCAGAGGCAGCGGUGUGAAUGUCGUGAAUCCUUUUGUUGGAAGCAUGACGAUCAGCGUCGGUCGCGACUUUAUAAAGCGAGCGCUGCGCCUGGCUGUGCUGACACUCGGACGGCAAUCGGCGGGGUUCACGAUGAGUGCACAGCCAGAAGAUUGGCACAAGGCCACUACCAUUUAUGAGUUUACUGCCAAAGACAUAGAUGGCAAUGAAGUCUCUCUGGAAAAAUACAGGGGAUUUGUCUGCAUCAUCACGAAUGUGGCCUCCAAAUGAGGAAAGACUUCCGUAAACUACACUCAGCUUGCUCAGAUUUAUACUCAGUAUGCUGAGAAAGGUUUACGGAUUCUGGGUUUCCCGUGCAAUCAGUUUGGCAAGCAGGAGCCUGGAAAUGAGGAACAAAUCAAAGGAUUUGCAAGUACUUACAAUGUACAGUUUGAUAUGUACAGCAAGAUAGAUGUAAAUGGGGAUAAUGCACACCCUCUCUGGAAGUGGAUGAAGGAACAGCCCAAAGGGAAGGGGCUGUUGGGAAAUGCAAUUAAAUGGAACUUCACCAAGUUUCUUAUUAACAGAGAAGGUCAGGUUGUCAAGAGGUAUUCUCCUAUGGAUGAUCCUGUGGUCAUUGAAAAGGAUCUUCCUAAAUACUUAUAAAGACCGGUGUAAGCCAUUGGUGGAAUUUUAAACUCGAUGUAGUGAAUUUCAGAUUUUUCAGUCCUGGCCGAUGAUGGUCUGCUUGUAAACCUGAUGUGGGGAAAGUGGACCUGACGUGUGUGUGCAUACCUGGAGGAAAUUCUGAUGAACAUAUUGAGUUUCUUAGCAGAUCUUUGCUGUAUAUUCCAUUAACAGUUAUACACAAUUGUAUAGAAUUGAACUGUUUUGAAUUCCUUGUCAAUAGCAAUAAAUCUUGACACUCAUGA